AUGGAAAUGGACUCUGGAUCCGUUUGUUCUAUUGUCAACUUGAGGACAUUGAGCAAGCUGGGAAUCUCGAAGAAGGCGCUCCGACCAAGUUCCAAGGGCGGGCGGACGUGCACACAGCAGCCUGUUUGUGUCGUGGGCGAAGUGGAAGUUCCUGUAAAGUACAACAGUAGAGAGGGCAAACUACCCCUGCUCGUCACGAAAGGGUCGGUAGUCAGCAUCCUGGGGAGAGACUGGUUCCGACCGCUAGGCAUAACACUGGAGGGACUGCACCAGCUCAGCGGAGCUCCAGCUUCCAAAAGUUCCAGUCGAGAAGUCCAACCAGCUGCACGCAACCCGAGCAAGGUGGUGACAAGCGUAAAAAAUCUGCUGCAGGACUAUCCAGAUGUGUUCAAACCUGGGCUGGGCAAAAGCAGGGGUCUUCCUGUGCGGAUCUUAGUGGGUGAGCAAGCCACGCCCAAGUUUCACAAGCCACGGCAAGUACGUUUCGCGCUACUGCCCAAGGUGGAGGAAGCCAUCGAACAGUUGGUCGAGCAAGGCAUUUACGUUCCCAUUAAGCAUUCCCGCUGGGCGACGCCAAUUGUGCCGAUUCUGAAGAAGAACGGAAAGAUGAGAAUUUGCGGGGACUACAAGGGAACACUCAACCCAGUCGUCAAGUGGGAGACGUAUCCGCUUCCAACUCCAGAACAACUGCUCGCAAGACUGGGAGGAUGUGCAGUGUUUUCUCGGCUGGACUUGGAUCAAGCUUAUCAGCAACUCUGUGUCGAUGAGGACACCGCCAUGCUGCAGACCGUGACAACGCACAAGGGCCUGUUCAAGGUGACGCGAUUGUAG